AGGGUUUGGUCACCUCACACCGAAACACAGCCAGCCCACACACACUCACACACACACACACACUCACACACACCCAGGCUCACUGUGGCGUACAUUCACUCUCUGUGGAUUAAUCUCACUACCUUACUACCACCGGCUGUAGGAUAUCUCUCAACCUUUUUUCUAAAUACAACCACCGGGGAGGCUGUGCGCUGCUCGGCUGUAGCUACCACCAGAGUUGCCGUGUAAUUCAACAGAUACAUAAUACACCUCAGCAUGGAUCAAUGUGCUCCACUGUCCACUGGCCGUCAGUCCACCCUCAAGAGGCAGCUCGCGUUUGACUUGUUUGAAGACCCCAUGUCUCUGCUGAUGGGACACUACCUCCCUUCAGAUGAUGAACAGUCACUUCAAGAAGUGCCCUCGGGGCUGGAUUGUUUACCACAAGACCUGGACCAUUGUUCAGUGCCUCUGCUGACUCCGUGCAGUAAAGCAGUGAUGAGUCAAGCCCUCAAGGCCAGUUUCAGCGGCUUCUCCAAGGUGCAGCUGAGCUGUGGCAUCUCCAAAAACCCCUGCAGGUGGACCCGGCAGCACGUGCUGCAGUGGCUGCAGUGGGCGGUCAGCGAGUUCAGCCUGGCCGAGGUCGACUACGUUAAGUUUAACAUGACCGGACAGCAGCUCUGCGAUCUGGACAAGGACGCCUUCCUGCAGCUGGCGCCCGACUUUGUGGGCGACAUUUUGUGGGAGCAUCUGGAUCAGAUGAUGAAAGAAUGCCAAGAAGAUGAGGCGAUGUCAGAAACCCAGAGCGGCAUUGUUCCCUCUGCAGUUCACUGGAUGAGCUCUGCUGAUGACAGCCGUGCAGCCGUGCAGCUUCACGCGAGCGGGAACAGUCUGCUGAGGCAGCUGUUCGAGAGCUCCGACAAGACGUCUGCUCUGAUCCUGGACCAGGAGUUCUUCCCGCCGUCCAAACCCCAGCUGGACCUCAGCUACAUGACCGAGAGCCAGCACUUCUCCAGCGCCGGCUCCAUGUCCAAACCCUUUUCACUUCAAGACCAGAGUUCACUGGACAGCGUGGAGAACUACGAGGGCCUCCGCUCGUGGGGCAGCCAGUCGUCGCUCGCCGACACGCAGAGGGUCCCGUCCCUCGACAGCUUCGACGAUGAGCACAGCGCGGCGUCGCUCGGCUUCAGCCAGCAGAGUUUGUCAUUCAAGGACUACAUCCAGGGGAGGAAUGAGCUCUCUGAAGCAGGAAAGCCGGCAGUGCCAGCGGCCGCCCUGGCCAGGUUCACCGGAAGUGGACCGAUCCAGCUCUGGCAAUUUCUGCUGGAGCUCCUGACUGAUAAAAACUGCCAGUCCAUCAUCAGCUGGACGGGAGACGGAUGGGAGUUCAAACUCACCGACCCUGACGAGGUGGCUCAGCGCUGGGGCCAGAGGAAGAACAAGCCCAAGAUGAAUUACGAGAAGUUGAGCCGCGGCCUUCGCUAUUACUACGACAAGAACAUCAUUCACAAGACGUCGGGGAAGCGCUACGUGUACCGCUUCGUCUGCAACCUCGAGAAGCUCCUCGGCUAUUCGGCCGAAGAGCUCCACGUGGUGUUCGGCGUCCGGCCCGACACGGAGGACUGAAACGAGCGUCCGUUCACAGCUGGAGCGAAGCUGAACAUGGAGCCAGCCGGGCUUCAUUUCCCACUAGCAAGGGCACAGGCCUCCUGAUAGUGUUUGUGGUGGAGCGGGCGAUGGGAGCUCCUACGUCAGCGGGCAGGAAAAGCUCUUUCUGAUGAGGAAAGUCCUCAUGACACGGUUGUAUAUUAUUUUGUGGAUUUUGAGGAAGAUGCCAUGUAGAAAACAGACUGCGGUCUUUGGUCGCUGCUUUGUGAAAUGGCUCGAUCCGCCUGCUGCACCGCGGCCCCGUGUACAAAGCCGGCAGAGCUCGCCGAAACCAAACAACUGAGUUCCACAGCCCCACCGCUCAGACGCUGAGCUGUGGACAGCUUCACUCUCUGUAUUUAACGGUUAUCUUGCUUACCAAAUAUGAAUGCCUUGUGGGUGAUGAGUGUACUUAACAAAAAUAUAAACGGUUUCAAAGGUUUACUCUGUUAAUGAUCCGGAUUUGCAAGAAGUCAAAUUUUAUGGGAAAAUGACAGGAGACUUGGGUGCCGUUUACACGACAACGAUUUUCACAAAGAACGGUAAACUUUUGUCGCGGUUUGGCCUUUCAUUUACACGACAGCUUUGUUUUUGGUGCCUGAAAACGCAAACUUUGGAAACCGGGUUCCAGAGUGGGAUUUUUUGAUAGUGCCGCCGUGGAAAGUGGCAAAACGAAAUUCUUGUGAAAGCGAUGGUGGCGCGGUGCCGCCAAAGCGUUUCUGCUACUCCGUGGUGUUACAUUGCAAAGUUACACCGCCACCUGCUGGCCUGGCGUGCACACUACAGCGUUUUCAGUUGUUUUUGCGGAUCCGCGUGUUCGAGGAUCGUUCUCACAGCGUAACUUUUUAAAAAAACCGCAAAGGAAUACGUUUUCAUCAGAACCGUUGUCGUGUAAACGGGGCCUGAAUGUUGAACCAAAACUUCACCUUGAUAUUUUUGUUCAGUGUAAUUCUUAAGAUAAGCUGAGGCCUUGAUACCGGCCUUCACACUUGUGGAUACAAGCAAACGCUGCUUUGACCGUCGUUUUUAUUGCUUUUGAUGAUGUUUCACUGAAAGAGCUUAAUCAUUUAGAAAUAAUGUGACACCUCUGAGAUUUCCAGCCACCGUCACUGCUUUGUUUUUCUUUCAAAUUACAUUUUAAAAUUUAGAUUAUCAGCAUUCUCUUGAGGAAAAAAAAAAAAAAACAAACAAACUUAAGACUCUAUGAGAUGAUAUUUGGAGAAGCCAAAUGUGUGAACUGUGAUGAUCCUGCAGGGGCUGAGGAGGCAUGCAAACAGAAACAAUAUGCUUGUAAGCGCAUUGCAUAAUAAUAAUUUUGUGCACGAUGCUGCAUUUAUUGUGCUUUUAUUGCAUUCACUAGCAUGCUAAUGUGGAAAAAGAACUCACAUAACAGAUAUUUUAUUGGAAAUUACCUGAAGAUGAGAGCUGCCCCUCGCCCCGAGCUCACAGGAACAGGGAACGCCGCUCGCCUCCAGCUGUUUGGAGCACAGACGCAUCAGAGGCUUUCUCAUGUGGAAAAGUGAGCUGUUUUCCUCUUCGUUACAUCAUUAAAAAGUAGAUAUGAACCAUUCUGCAGACCUGAGAGAUGGAAUGUGUCCACAGAGUUUGUGUCACCAGCUGGUUCAUCAAAACUCACUUAGCCGUGAAAAACAAAGCUGAGACAUCUGCACCGUGUCAUGUGAUGAAGACGGUUACGUAAUUAUCGUGAUGUUUUGAUAAUCCCACUGAAUUUAAAUAAUCUGGUCACAGUGGAGUCUAUGCUCCUCUUUGUUUUUUGAUGUACUGCUACUAAGAACCGUUUUGGGAUUUA